AUGGGUUUUGGGGAAAAAUGGAUCGGAUGGAUUAUGUUCUGUGCUAGCUCGGUUGAAUACAGAGUUCUUUUGAAUGGCCAACCUAAUGCAUUGAUAGUCCCAGAGAGGGGAUUACGUCAGGGGGAUCCUUUAUCUCCUUAUUUGUUUAUCUUGUGUACAAAAGUUUUGAUCGCAAAGAUCCGUAAAAUGGAGCAAGACAAGCUCAUUACAGGGAUUAAGGUGGCAAAUAAAUCUCCGCCAAUCACGCAUCUGUUGUUUGCGGAUGAUAGCCUCUUUUUCUGCAAGGAAGAUAAGGAACAAUGUGGGGUUAUUUUGGAUAUAUUACGACAGUAUGAGGCUGCCUCGGGACAGCAAAUUAAUUUUGACAAAUCCUCUGUUCAGUUUGGUCAUAUGGUUGAUGUGGAUAACAAAACAGAACUCCAAGGAGUUCUUGGGAUAACAAAUUUGGGCAGGAUGGGAUCAUAUCUAGGGUUACCUGAGAGCUUGGGCAGGUCCAAGACGAAAGUGUUUUCAUUUGUUCGGGAUAGGCUGCAGGGUUGGACAAAUGGUUGGUCAGCAAGACUGCUAUCGAAAGGGGGAAAAGAGAUGAUGAUUAAGUCAGUUGCUACUGCGGUCCCGACGUUUGUGAUGUCCUGUUUUUGGUUACCAAAAACGAUCAUUGAUGGCUCUUGUAAGGCGGGUGACUCAUUUGGAGGCGCAGGAUGGGUUUGUACGCAGCUUCAGGAUCCGACGCCAAUCAUGGGGGCUAAGAAUUUUCGACGGAGUCUUUCUCCCUUGCAUGCCGAAGUCGAAGCUUUCAUGUGGGCUAUGUGCUCAAAAUUGGACCAAGGAAUGAAAGAGAGAGAAGUUCAAGGAUGCAUUUAUUGGGCUAAUUCAAGAGAUUAUGGGCAAGGAUAG